AUUGCACGCGAAAAACCCGCCCCCAAACGGAGCGUUAGCCGCGGGCGACAGAAGAAUUUGUUUGGAUCGAGGAUCGAUCCCACAAUUUUUCCUUCCCCUGUCUCGCACCCAAUCCACAGGUGAUAGAGGGGAGAAAAUGGGGUUCAUAUCGGGAAUCAUGAUGGGGAUCAUCGUCGGCGUCGCCCUCAUCGCCGGCUGGGCGCACACCAUGGCUCGCCGCGCCGCCAAGCGCAGUGCCAAGGCUGCCGAUAUCAAUUCGCUUGGAUCUCUCGAUCGUGAGGAUGUGAAGAAAAUAUGUGGAGACAAUAUUCCUGAAUGGAUUUCUUUCCCAGAGUAUGACCAGGUUAAAUGGCUCAACCGACUACUGAGCAAGCUUUGGCCCUUUGUCGAGGAGGCAGCAACCAUGGUCAUCAGGGACUCUGUCGAGCCGAUACUCGACGAUUAUCGACCAGCAGGGAUAUCCUCACUCAAGUUUAGCAGGCUCUCGCUUGGGACGGUUCCACCAAAAAUUGAAGGCAUUCGGGUUCAGAGCUUCAAGAAAGGACAAAUCACAAUGGACAUUGACUUCAAGUGGGGCGGGGAUCCGAAUAUAAUCCUUGCAGUUGACACUCUGGUUGCUUCCCUUCCCAUUCAGUUCAAGAACCUUCAGGUGUUCACCAUCAUCCGCACGGUCUUCCAAUUGUCUGACGAGAUACCUUGCAUCUCCGCUGUUGUUGUUGCUCUUCUGGCAGAGCCAAAACCAAGAAUCGAUUACACACUGAAGGCGGUGGGCGGAAGCCUGACGGCGAUGCCCGGACUUUCGGACAUGAUCGACGACACGGUGGCAUCCUUGAUCACUGACAUGCUCCAGUGGCCGCACAGAAUCGUGGUUCCACUGGGCGGGGUUGACGUCGACAUAAGUGAUCUGGAGCUGAAGCCGCAGGGGAAGGUGACGGUGACGGUGGUGCGCGGAGAGUCGCUCAAGAACAAGGAGCUGAUCGGCAAGUCGGACCCUUACGUGGUGCUCUUCAUACGCCCCAUGUUCAAGGAGAAGACCCGGGUCAUCGACGACAACCUCAAUCCGGAGUGGAACGAGACGUUCGAGCUCAUCGCCGAGGACAAGGAGACGCAGCAUGUGAUCCUUGAGGUGUUCGACGAGGACAAUCUGAAGCAAGACAAGAGGCUGGGCAUCGCCAAGCUGCCCCUGAGCGACCUUGAAGUGGGCACCGUGCAGGAGAUCAACGUGCAGCUGCUGCCGUCCCUGGACACCAAGGUCAAGGACAAGAAGGACAGAGGCGCGCUUAUCCUCAAGGUGCUGUACCACCCGUUCACCAAGGAGGAGGCGCUCGAGGCGCUGGAGAUGGAGAAGAAGACGGUGGAGGAGCGGCGGAAGGCGAGGGAGGGCACGGCUGCCGUCAGCGGCGCGGCGGAGGCGGGCGGCGGCGUGGCGUCCACGGUGACCAACGUGCAGCCCGGCCCGGCGGGCGUCGGCCCGGGCGGGCCCGGGCCGGGCGCUGGGCAUGUGGGCACGGGCAUCGGCGCGUUCGGCACCAGCAUCACCAAGGCCGGCAAGUUCGUGGGCCGGACCGUCACGGGGCCAUUCAGCAGCGCCAGGCGCAGCGGGAGCACCGUGCCCACGAUCGACGAGUAACUAACGCAACUCUGUCUGUCAGCGUAGCUUGAUUUACCGUUCGCGUAUAUCCUUUCCUACUACUGUACUGUUAGUGGAGGAUGCUCAGUACGGAGUAUUAGUUAUUUGUCGCUAUAUUUUUUGCUCUUUCUUUUCUUGGAAUAUAUAUAUACCAUACCAUGCAUGAUUAAUUGUCGUUGCGUGUGAUUUAAUUUUGACAAUACUA